CUAGCAUCUGGCACGCACCCUGCUGCCAAAACAACACGCACGCACGCAACACACUGCAAAUUUGCAAUGUGCCAUUGCUCCCAGCAGCAAGCACGAUGCGUCCACGAGGCUCUGCUCCAGCCACCCGUGCUGCAUGACCGGCCAAAGAAAGCGCGACGCGGCGGCGGCGCGAGUGCCGAGGUGGCCUCCAUCGUGCGGCUCGCCGUGCCUAUGGUCGGCGCGGGGCUGCUCAUGUACGCGCGCUCCCUAGUGUCCAUGAUCUUUCUUGGCCGGCUCGGCCGCCUGCCACUCGCUGGCGGCUCCCUCGCGCUCGGCUUCGCCAACAUCACCGGCUACUCGGUGCUCUCCGGGCUGGCUGCCGGUAUGGACCCGGUGUGCGGCCAGGCGUUCGGUGCCGGCCGCACGUCUGUCCUCGCCGCGGCGCUCCGCCGCACCAUCUCGCUGCUCCUGGUCGCGUCCAUCCCCGUCAGCCUGCUCUGGGUCGCCAUGCACCGCAUCCUCGUCGCCACAGGGCAGGACCCCGACAUUGCGGCCGCUGCUUACGACUUCAUCAUGUGCUCGCUGCCAGACCUCCUCGUGCAGUCCUUCCUCCACCCGAUCCGCGUGUACCUCCGUGCGCAGGCCAUCACGCUCCCGAUCACGUACGCAGCCGCCGCCGCGCUCCUGCUCCACGUUCCCAUCAACUGCAUCCUCUUGCAGGGCCUCCGCCUCGGUAUCCGCGGCGUCGCCCUCGGAGCCGUCUGCACCAACCUAAACUUCUUGCUGUUCCUCGUGACCUACGUGUACUUCUCCGGAGUAACCCAUGGCAAUGGCGGCAGCGAUGGCAAAGAUGGUGCAUGUUUGUCACCGAUGGAGGAACCUGCUCUGGAAUGGGGCCGCUUGGUCAGGCUCUCCGUUCACAGCUGCAUGUCGGUAUGCCUGGAGUGGUGGUGGUACGAGAUCAUGGUCAUGCUUUGCGGCGUGCUCACCGACCCGAAAGCGGCGGUGGCAGCUAUGGGAAUACUCAUACAGACCACGUCACUGGUGUAUAUCUUCCCGCAUUCCCUCAGCUGCGCCGUGUCCACGCGCGUCGGGCAUGAGCUCGGCGCGGGGCGGCCGGAGCGUGCGCGCCUCGCGGCACGCGUCGGCCUCGCCUGUGGCGCCGCGCUGGGCCUCGUGGCGUGCGCAUUCGCGGCGUCCGUGAGGGGCGUAUGGGCGCGAAUGUUCACCGCAGAUGCGGCCAUCCUGCGGCUGACGUCCGUGGCGCUGCCCAUUCUCGGCGCCGCCGAGCUGGGCAACUGCCCGCAGACAGCGGGUUGCGGCGUGCUCCGCGGCAGCGCGCGGCUGGGGAAGGCCGCGAGGAUCAACGCCUCAGCCUUCUAUGGCGUCGGCAUGCCGGCCGCUCUGGCGCUGGCGUUCUGGCCGGCACGGCUCGACUUCCGGGGCAUGUGGGCCGGCAUGCUGACGGCGCAGCUGGUGUGCGCGGCCCUGAUGCUGCGAGCGGUGCAGCGCACGGACUGGGAAGAUCAGGCCGUUCGCGCGCGCGAGCUGACCGGCGCGGAGGCCCAUGGCGACGUCAAAAGCUGCCAUGCAGACGCAGACAGUGUAAUGGCGGGCAACGGCUUGCUCGUGGUGACUGUGCUAAGUUGAAUAUGCAUAGAGUACUUUACAUUUAUAUAUCAGUAUCUUUUUUCGUUUUCACCUUUAAUUUUCAGUUGUCCAUUGGCAUAGGAUUUGGAACAAUAGGCAGCAGAAUUAUCAAUGCAUCCCUCGUUGAAUUGAGGGAGCAUAAUGCACAAUUGCCCGGGCUCCUUUGCUUU